CCUCUUACCGGAGUCCGGGGGGGAGGGUACUUGCGUAUUUUACUUCCGGAUCCCACAGCUACGACACCGGAAGCCGGAAGUGGGAAUUUCUGCAGCGGGAGAAGGGCAGAGCUACUGCGGACUCGGGACUUUCUUGGAGCUACGGCGCCCGAGGAGCGCUCGCGGCCCGCUGCUCCCGCCCAUCUCACGUCGGACCGGUUCUGCUGACAGACCUUGACUUGUUGGAUGAUCAGGCCCCCCUGGAAGAGCCAGCUCUGUGAGAUGGUGCAGCCCAGUGGUGGCCCGGCCGGGGACCAGGACGUGCUGGGUGAAGAAUCUUCUCUGGGGAAGUCGGCCAUGCUCCACCUGCCUUCAGAGCAGGGUACUCCUGAGACCCUCCAGCGCUGUCUGGAGGAGAAUCAAGAGCUCCGAGAUGCCAUCCGGCAGAGCAACCAAAUGCUGAGAGAGUGCUGUGAGGAGCUUCAGCGUUUUCAAGGCAGCCAGAGGGAGGAGAAGGAGUUCCUCGUACAGAAAUUUCAGGAGGCCAGGAAACUGGUGGAGAGACUGAAUCUGGAGAAGCUUGACCUGAAGAGGCAGAGGGAGCAGGCCCUGCAGGAGGUGGAGCGCCUAAAGAGAUGCCAACAGCAGAUGGCCGAGGACAAGGCCUCGGUGAAAGCCCAGGUCACAUCCUUGCUGGGGGAGCUCCAGGAGAGCCAGAGUCGCUUGGAGGCUGCUACCAAGGAUCGGCAGGCUUUGGAGGGCAGGGCCCGGGCAGCCAGCGAGCAGGCCCGGCAGCUGGAAAGCGAGCGGGAGGCGCUGCAGCAGCAGCACAGCGUGCAGGUGGAUCAGUUGCGCAUGCAGAACCAGAGUAUGGAGGCUGCCCUGCGCAUGGAACGCCAGGCUGCCUCGGAGGAGAAGCGGAAACUGGCCCAGCUACAGGUAGCCUAUCACCAGCUCUUCCAAGAUUAUGACAACCACAUCAAGAGCAGCAUGGUGAGCAGUGAGCGAAACAGAGGAAUGCAGCUGGAAGAUCUCAAGCAGCAGCUCCAGCAGGCUGAGGAGGCCCUGGUGGCUAAACAGGAAGUGAUUGACAAGCUGAAAGAAGAGGCUGAGGAGCACAAGAUUGUGAUGGAGACUGUUCCGGUGCUGAAGGCCCAGGCGGAUAUCUACAAGGCGGAUUUCCAGGCUGAGAGGCAGGCGCGGGAGAAGCUGGCUGAGAAGAAGGAGCUCCUGCAGGAGCAGCUGGAGCAGCUGCAGCGGGAGUAUAGCAGGUUGAAGGCCAGCUGUCAGGAGUCCGCCAGGAUUGAAGAUAUGAGGAAGCGGCAUGUAGAGGUCUCCCAGCCCCCCUUAGCCCCUGUCCCAGCUCACCAGUCCUUUCCCUUGCCCAGCCAGAGGAGAAGCCCCCCAGAGGAGCCACCUGACUACUGUUGUCCCAAGUGCCAGUAUCAGGCUCCUGAUAUGGACACCCUGCAGAUACAUGUCAUGGAGUGCAUUCAGUAGGGCUGCCUGCCGAUGACCAGCCCAGGACAGUGCAAUUUGUACUUUCCUCUCUUGCCUGCCUAGUCCUGAAUUACAGGCUAGGUGACAAAGAGCAGGCUACUUCUUUGAGCCCCAAGAACUAGCUGCAGGGAUUUCUGCUUCAGCUCCCCCGUCUGCUGGUUGGCGUCUUCUAGGGUACACAGCAACCCACUGGGUCUGAUGUGCUGCUCUUUCUGUUCGUUCUGUCUGCUUGAACCACUCGCCUCUGGGGCUCCUUCUUCCACCUCAACUGGGGAAGUCAAGAGUCAAGGCCGGGUCUCUCAGAACUGCUUCACAGCUUGAGAUGGGAGGGGGCCCUUCCUUUCAGCCCAGGUCCAGCACACUGUGGUGCCGGUGCACUCAAGGGCUGUGUGCUGUUCCACUGGGAAGCUGCACCACAGCAUUGUCCGUCAUUUUAUUGCCAUAAAUAACACUGCAGUGAAAAUCCAUGUGCAUCAAUCAUGUGUGUCUUUGGGUCGGAUUCUUAGAAGUGGCCGCACAGAGCAUGUGCAAAUGGGGUAGAUGGUGCUGGUGCCCCGCAGUGUGGUUUCCUGCUCUCCCCUCAUUCCCCAUAGCCUUGCCCCAGUGAAGGGUGUCAACCUGUGGGCUUUUGCCAUCUGCCAGGUGUGUAGUGCACUAUUAAAGGGUGAGCUUGAGUAUCUUUCAGAGC